AUGGAGAGACCUCCAAAGAAAAAUCAUGAGGUGCAAGCAAAUUUGAUCAUACUUCAAGAAGAUAAGAAGCAAGUGGUAGCCAAAGAGGAUGAAUUGGGAAAGUCUAAGCAUACAAAAGCAAAGGCAUCUAUGCAAAAAUCCAAAAUACCACCACUUCCAUUCUCUCAAAAUCUUAAGAAAGCCAAAGAGGAUGCUUGUUUUAAGAAGUUAUUUGACACGUCCAUAAAACUUAACAUUAACUUUCCUUUGCUUAAUGUUUUGCAGGGAAUGCCUAAGUAUGCUAAGUACUUGAAAGAUUUGGUGACAAAUAAGGCUAAGCUUGGUGAUAUUAUGAUGGUAGCACUUACUGAGGAGUGUAGUUCUAUGGUAAUAAGCAAAAUCCUUAAAAAGUUCAAGGACUUUGGGAGUUUAAGCCUCUUUAUACAAAUUGUUGAAAGUGAUAUGGUUCAUGCUUUGAGUGAUUUAGGGGCAUGCAAUAACCUAAUUACCUUUUUAGAGUUUGAUACUCUUGGUUUGGGAAAAUCAAGGCCCUUUUCAGUUGUGCUCCAAAUGGCGGACAAAACUAGAAUGAUCCCUAAAGAAAUCACAGAGGAUGUUUUCAUCAAGGUUUGUAAUUUCAUUAUUCCUACUAACUUUAUUUUUCUUGAUCAUGAUGCAAAUGACAAGGUACAAAUUAUAUUGGGACGCCCAUUCUUAGCUAAGGGAGGAACACCGAUAGAUGCUAGAGAGGGCACUCUUAAAAUGAGAUUGAAUGAUGAAAAGAUGGUCUUCAGAGUGUACAAAGCACUCAAUGCACCCUCUCACUACAAGUAUUUUUGCAUGAUCAAACCUAUAGAAGAGGAUGAGUAUGUGGUGAAGGAGUGUAAGCUUCUAAUUACCUGUUUAGACUCUUUUAUGGAGUUUCCUAAGUCAACAAUUAAAAUAGAAAUUUGCAAACUUAAAGAAAAGCCUGAAAAAGAAAGUGUAAAAUGA